AUGUCGGCAGGAAUCAUGGAGGAGUAUCAAGAAGGUCAACUAGACAGCGACGAUGUCUUUCCCUGCAAAGGGUGUGGAGAGAUCCUCGAGGAGGGAAAAGCAUUUGAGUUGGCUGGAAAUCGAUGGCAUCUCAACUGCUUUCGAUGCAAUACCUGUGGUACCUUACUCGACUCCGAUGCGAACCUAUUAUUACUUGGCGAUGGCUCGCUUAUAUGCAAUAACUGCACCUACAGCUGCAGCGCUUGCGGCGACAAGAUCGAAGACCUCGCUAUUUUAACCGGCGAUCAGGCUUUUUGCGCCGCCUGUUUCCGAUGCAGGAACUGCAAAAGAAAAAUUGAGAACUUGCGAUAUGCUAGGACCUCGCAAGGAAUAUUUUGUAUGAAUUGUCACGAAUCUCUCAUGGCAAGGCGUAGAAAAAAAUCCAAGGCUGCCGCGCAGGCCAAGGCACGUGAAAAAGAUGCGUCGCCCAUGAUAGUGGACAAGUCACUUCCAGCAUUACCUCCUAAUGCCAUACCCCCCAAUGCCUUCUCAGAUGACAGAGUCGAUCCCGAGUCCGACACUCCGACAGAGCUUUCUCCACGACCACGACCCAACUACACUCGAAACGACUCCUCACAAAGCAGCUCGAGGCCAGCUAGGUCUCCGGAGAGAUCGACUGAUCAUGCUGGAAGGGAUCCCGGCCUUCUACCAUCGCAGAGUUAUCGCAAUAACCGCAACUCGUCGAUUUUCUCAGGUAGCGAUAUCACUGGUAGUAACGCUGACGACCAGAGCUUUUUUAUCCCGGUUGCUUUGGAUCCGAGUCCAGUGCCAUCCUCAGCACCUAGAUCAGCAACUGAAGCACUUGUCGAGGCCAAUAAAAGGGCCAAAGACAAAGACUACUUCAGUCUUCCGAAGCCAGCUGCGUCCGAGCGAAGAGAUACUUUACCGUCAUCUACACCACAUAUUGCGUUUCAAGAGAGGGGAAGGCAAUCCUCGUUCGAUCACGAGAGCCCGCCCCCCAAAUCACUGAGUAGAAAACUUUCCAAGUCUUCUAGGAAUGAUAAAAAUGUUCCUACAAAGCCAGCCCCUGCUCCAGAAGAUAGAUCUCAAAAGCCGGCGAAUGGUAAAGCGCACGCGGCCGAAGACUUUAAGUUGCAAGAAGCCCCCAAAAGUAAGAAGGUGAAUUCUCAGACGGGUUCUCAAUCCAAUUCAGUGCAAGAUUCCGGUUCUAGGGGUAGUGUCAGUUCUGGUCGAAAGGACAAAGAUGGGAUUUCUGAUUCACCCCAACACCUACACGGCGACGAUAAGACAAGCACCCCACGUAGUUCGCAGGACUCGCGUGUCAAAGAAGAUGAUGAAGUACGGUCGAAUGAUUCUUUGGCAACAUCAAUUAGCAACAAUGUGAAGCCAAUUACUAGAAAAGAGCUUCCGGCCACGGCAUCUAAGAAUAUAAAUGGUGCAGCAUCUCGCACUCCUGCCUCCGAGCAGAAGCCUGCGGACCCGUAUAUGACACCAAGGGCGCCUCCUGCUCCGCCGGGACACGCUGCACAGGCUGCACAGGCUGCGGCACAAGAAUCAGCUGGCUCAGCAACCGAACCCAAAACAUCACCCAAACUACCUAGGUGGAGUUCAGGUGGUGAUUUCAGCAUGGAUGAGGAUAUGGCCCGUAUCUUGGGCACAGAUGAGGGCUCUUCUUCCAUACUCCGUCGGGUCUCGAACGCAGUACGCCACGGGCGAACGAAUAGUACAGAAUCAAGCAGCAACGUCCCUAGGACGGGUCAUACGCGAAGUGCCAGCGAAACGACUCGUACCACUACAUCGCCUCGCUGGCCAAAGACUCCAAUCGCCGAGGAUGCGGUCAAUGGGGCUGCUCAUGAUAUCGCUAGCCCCCUAUCGAUCAACCCGAACGAUGAUCCAGUUUUAUUGAAACGACGUCUCCGGAACUCUGAGCAAAGGGUUGCAGAGCUGGAACGCCAGUUCAACAACGAGAAAGAUCUCAAGAAUCUCAAUCAAAAGCUCGAGGAAAAGCGCAAAACGGUUUCCGUGCUUGAUACCCAGACUGAAAUUAUGAUCCGUCAGUUGGAGGCAUUAGCUGGAUACGUGGAAAGGGCCAAGGAAGCGAAGCGACCUAUCGACCCUCGUGAGCUAGAAGAGUCUGCUCUAAAGGAUUUCGUUCAGAGACUUGAAAAACUCAAGCAGUCUAUGUCAGCUAGUCUUGAGCAGCUUCAUACCGAACGGGACGAGCUCGUCGAAGAGAAAAAUAGAGCUAUUGCUGAAAGGGAUCGUGCUCGAGUGGAAUUUGAACAACUGGUUUCUAAGAACGCACAGUUGGCCGACUUGAACAAUGAUCUCACAAAUCAAAUUCAAGAAAGAUUCAAGAAUCAUUCUGAUCCUAGGUCUCCUCCAAAUGGUCUCGGAAUAUACAGUCAGCACAAGGGUACAUCGAAUCAUUCGAUAAGCUUGGAUACCUCCAGCAUCCAAACCGGUACUACAAUGAUGGGCGGCGACCAUGAGGAGACAAUUCUCGAAACUGGACCGACUGUGGUCAAGAUAGGGAAGGGCCAGGUCAAGAAGUUCAACUGGAAGAAGGGAUCAAAAGCCAUGGCCCAGAAUAUUGCCAAGGGCGUAAACCGCACAGUCGUCGCCUUCCAACAACCAGACCGCGAGCGGCAUGGGCCAGGGAUGGGGAAUGAAAACAUUGGUCUUCCUUACAAUAUGACCGUUGUGCCGAUCGAGUCGCCGGUUGCAGUCACAUACGGACAACCCAAUGGUCUAAACCGCCAAGCCCAACACGUAGACAAUAGUCGACAGGGCUUCUUUGGGUUUAAGAAAGCAACAGCAACAAACGUGACUAAGGCCGGACCGAACAUGUCGUCCAUGCCAGCCGCUGCAGAAGCACCCUCAAUCCUUUUUGGAUCCGAGUUAACCGAGAGAGCUGACUUUGAACAUCGGCAAAUCCCCUGUGUUGUCACCCGUUGCAUCGAAGAGGUUGAGCUGAGGGGUAUGGAUAUGGAAGGUAUUUAUCGUAAGACUGGUGGAAAUUCUCAAACCAAGACCAUCCAAGAAGGGUUUGACAAGAAUGGGGACUACGAUAUUUCGGACCCGGAUAUCGAUAUUACUUCCGUCACGAGCGUACUGAAGCAGUACUUUAGAAAGCUACCAACACCGCUGCUGACGUUUGACAUCUAUGAUCAAAUCCUCGAGACGAGUUCAAUCCAAGGCGACACAGAAAAGUGCGAGCAUUUGCAAAAUACGAUCAAGCAGCUUCCGCAACAGCACAGGGACUGUCUCGAGUUCUUGAUGUUUCAUCUUCAUCGUGUCGCCUCCCGAGAGCGCGAGAACCUUAUGACUCCGAAGAACCUUGCGGUGGUGUUUGCACCGACCAUUAUGAGAGAUCAUAACAUCGAGCGCGAAAUGACGGAUAUGCACGCCAAGAAUAAUGCUGUGCAGUUCAUCAUUGAGAAUACUCAUAACAUUUUCAUUUAG